AACCCCACGCAUAUAUCGGCCAACAACUGCAAGCCUGUUUGUCGCGGACCAAUACCACUCCUAAUCUAGUCACAAUGUUGCUCGACGAGAAUCCAGGCACGCUUAUCCACCAUACCAUUGGAAAUUUCAACAUCCAACCGGACAAACAAGCUGUCACUCGCAUUAAUGACUCCUUAUCGACCCUUCAGCAGUCGCGCGAGCUGCGUAUGCGGGAGGCCGAGUCCUCGCUGCGAAAGCUCUCCCGCCACCUUCACACCUUAAACGCACAGCAUGAAGAAGCGGUAGCCGCACAUGACUCGAGUAAACAUGCGGCGGAUAUGGUUGAACUGGACACAAAGAAAUUCCGCAUCGCAAAAGCAGCCACGGAACUUGAAAUUGAGAGCGAACGACUGGAGAGUGAGCUGGAGAUGUUGAAGGAACGAUUGGCGGAUUUGGAGGCUCAGGGGCUGGAAGGAGAUGAAGCCACGAGACGGGAGAGAGAGCUGGACGAUGCGACAAUUCUUCGCCUCAAAAUUUACCGCUCCCUUGGCGUUGACAUUGAGGCCGACAACGCGGGCAAUUUCAACAAAGCCGUCAUCCGCAAUAGUCGGAAAGGGGACGUGCACGUCGUUAACAUCGACCCCAAGUUCUCGCGAUUCUUCUACUCCAACUACUUUUGGUCGACCUUGCAAGGUUAGCCGAGGGAAGGCUCUGUCAUGUAACGGCGUUUACUGGUUGGUGCAGUAUAAUGUCUAGGCGUUAACUGGUGACGAUGCUAUGAUUGCGUUUUAUUUG